AUGAAGUAUUUAACCUAUUUUGCAACUUGUCAUUGUUUUGCACUAGUAGUAAGUUUUGAUGUCUUUAGUCAUAUAUCUUCAGCGUUUAAUGUAAUUGGUGACGAAUUUUCCAAAGUACCCAACUCCGUGAACAUUGGCAUCGACGCAAUCGGUAACGAAUUUUCCAAAGUUCCAAACACCGUCAACACAGGAUUCAACGCAAUCAGUAAUGAAUUUUCCAAAGUACCCAACACCGUCAACACAGGGAUCCACGCAAUGGGUAACGAAUUUUCCAAAGUACCCAACUCCGUGAAUAUUGGCAUCGACGCAAUCGGUAACGAAUUUUCCAAAGUUCCAAACACCGUCAACACAGGAUUCAACGCAAUCAGUAAUGAAUUUUCCAAAGUACCCAAUACCAUGAAUAUUGGCUUUAACGCAGUCGGCCACGAAAUUUCCAAAGUACCAAAAUUUUUAUCCGACGUAGGUUGUAGCGAUAUUGUUACCGGUAUAGUCAUUAGCCUACUCAUCGAAUGCAACCCACACGCGUUCAUUUCCGACACACUAGACACCGAGGAUGUAAUAAUGAUGAAUACUUGUAAAUCGAUCGAAAUUGCGUCUCUCGCGUUACCGUUAAUUGCCGAUCUCGCGACAUCGCCCGUGCAAGUAAUCUGCACUGUGUGGGUUGAAGAUCGUUUAGAUGUAUACUCGCAUUUAAAAGGUAUCGAUGUGCAAACAGAGCCUUUCGGGACCAAUGUCAUAAACAAUGAUGAAUUGUUUUAUAAUUUAUCGAAACUUAACGAUCAAUAUUGUAAUAACGAUUGCCACUUGGAUGAUUACGAAUUUAUCAAACCGGACGAACAAAACGAACCUCCUGCAGACACUACAUCGUCGCCCACUGACGACGUUGGUGCUAGAUUUAAACGAGGAAUUUUUGGUAAAGCGCUGUCGACAUCGACCAAGGAUUUUGCAAAAAAGUUUGUCAUAAAAAUUGCACCUAAAUUUUUUAUGAAAAAUGGCGUACCGUCGCCGAUGGCGUUUCGGGGUAUACGUGGUCCGGUUAGUAUUAAAAUGGCAACAAAAAUCUCUGUUAUGAUUUUGAAUAUUAUAGAAAAGAGACUUGGUAAAAUCGAAAAUUUGUACGAUAUAUUUGUACUAACUAAAACUGUUCCAACCACGUUCACGAAAAAGUAUUACGUUAACAACCCACGUCAUUUUGGGAGAGUAGCCGCUAAGAACUUUCAACGUGAACUCAUGAACAAGGAAUGGAAGUUAUUACACUUACAUUGA